AUGUUUGCCAAUGACCGUGGGGAUCAGGAUUCCGUGAGCUCAGACGUGACCAUCGUAGAUUGGGAUGGACCAGACGAUCCGGAAAACCCACUGAACUGGUCCAAGGCGAGAAAAUGGCUCAUCACCUGCAUCUCGCUGCUCAUGACGUUUGUGGCCCUCAUGAACGGCACCAUCAUCACCGUCGCCCAUGAAGCCAUCAACGAGCGAUUUGGGAUCAGCGAUGCCGUCUUCCCGCACUCGUAUUGGCCUGUGACCUUCUGGGCCCUCGGAGGCGUCUUCUUCUCUCUCCUCAUCCUCCCCAUCAUGGAGGACUUUGGCAUCCGACGAACGUUCCUCUUGACGCAUCUCCUGUUGAUCCUCUUUGUCAUUCCGCAAGGCGUGGCGCAGAACUUUGAGACGCUGGUCAUUACGCGUUUCUUUGCGGGAGGCUGCGUCACCGUCAUUGGUAACAGUGCCGCCAGCGUGAUCGGGAAUGUGUGGGAAACGGAGAAGCAGCGCAGUAAGCCCGUCAGUCUCUGGAUCUGGGCCUAUUUGGCGGGAAGCAGCGUUGGCCCGGUGAUUGGAGCGUCUAUCUUUCAGUUUCUAUCCUGGAGAUGGAUUUCCUACCUGCAGUUGAUCUGGUACGGGGUGUUAUUCCCAGUCAACUUUUUGGUUUUCAAGGAAUCGCGCGCUGCGAUCAUCCUCCACCAGCGUGCGAAGCGAUUACGCGCCAAAGGGCAGAAUGCAUAUACUCGCCAGGAACUCGACGCUGAGCCUCUGCUGCAGCUGCUGGCCACGAGCAUCCAGCGGCCGCUCAAGAUGCUGGUCACCGAGUACGUGGUCUUCUUCUCGACGCUGUGGUCGGCCUUUACCGUCGGCACUCUGUACCUCUUCACCCAGUCCGUCGAGCAGGUGUUUGUAGGUCUGUAUGACUGGGGUCCUGUCACAGCCGGAUACGUCCAGGCCGCCAUUGUGAUUGGCGAAGUUGCUGGAUGGUUCUUCUCCAUCCUCUCGGCCAAGCUAUACUUCGCGUCGGCCAGUCGCAAUACCGAGAUGCCUGGUCUCCCCAUCCCCGAAGCACGGCUGUACCUGUCCGUAGCCGGCAGCGUCGUGGGUAUUUCCGGGGGCAUGUUCGUGUACGCGUGGACCUCAUAUCCGACGCUACCGUGGGUCGCCCCAGCGGUGGGACUGUUCAUGGUCGGCGCAGGCAGCGUGGUGGUGGUCUCUGGACUGGCGGAUUACAUUGUCGAUGCGUACAGCCAGUACGCCGGCAGUGUGAUGGCAUGUUUCGUGCUGGGGGAGAAUACCUUUUCGGCGUUUCUGCCGUUGGCGGCCAUGAGCAUGUAUAAUACGCUGGGGUUCCAGUGGGCCAGUACGCUGCUGGCGUUCAUCAGCUUGUCUCUGGUUGUCGCCCCGAUCGCUUUUAUUGUUUGGGGGAGGAAAGUACGCGAGAAGAGUCCGUAUAUGAGAGAGGUGAUCAGAGAGAAGAGGCUGCAGGCUGGCUUGCAGUAG